AUGAAAAAAUUGGUACAGGAAUUAGGAAUCACACAGCAGUUCACACCAGUAUGGACGCCGCAGUGUAACCCCGUAGAAAGGGCAAACCGCACGGUGAAGACUAUGAUCUCACAGUACGUGGGAGCAAACCAUCGUCAGUGGGACGCUAAUUUACAUGAAAUAAAAUUUGCGUUCAAUACCGCGAAACAAGAUACCACCGGGUUUUCACCCGCGUAUCUGAACACAGGCAGAGAACUGUCUGGACCACAUUUCCGAGAAAGGGAAAGGCUAGAAUCCCAGGAACCAGGCGAGAUAACAAAACGACUAAAGGUGGCGUACGAAUUAGUACGAAUAAACUUAACCAGAGCGUUCCAAAAACAGGGGAAGUAUUACAACCUGCGUAAAAGGCAGUGGAAACCAAAAAUAGGCGACGUGGUCUGGAAAAAAAAAUCACGCCCUAUCAAGUAA